GAGCAUUGAACAUUGAAAUGGAGUAGGAAUUGAAAUCCAUACAUCUUAAAAUCGCUCCGGUUUGGAGAUACAUAUUAUGAAUUCAAAAGAAAUUGCAGUUUCUUUUUAAUUCACUAACCCGGAAGCUGGACGUUUACGCGAGCAUCUCUACUUUCGCAGCUUUAUGUACUCCGCUAGACGUUCGGUAGCGCCGCCGUAUCAGGCUCGAUUUAAAAUCUCGCGAGAAGAAAGCGGUCUGCCUUUGAAAAAAAUGGCGGACGAGGUGGAUCAGCAACAAACUACCAACACUGUAGAAGAGCCUUUGGAUCUCAUCAGGCUUAGUCUUGAUGAACGGAUUUAUGUAAAAAUGAGAAAUGACCGAGAACUUCGAGGCAGGUUACAUUCUACCAAGAGGAAUAUUCCAAUGCUGUUUGUCAGAGGAGAUGGAGUUGUAUUGGUUGCUCCUCCACUGCGGGUUGGCUGAUAUUGCAGUACCGCUCCUUCACUGUGGGUUAUUGGACUUCCAAGACAUUAACUCUCACUCCCUCUAAAUAUUAGGACUAUCCAAUAUUUUACAGGAGAAUUCCCAAUUCUGAUUAUGUAUUCCAAAAAUGUAUGUUUAUUUGGCAAAUAAGACUCCUUUUCUCCCUCUUGGAGCAGUUCAGUGUCAUCAAAUCAGUGGAUUUUCUUGUUUGGUUAGUACCUUUGUUCCGUAUGUAUAUUUUUAAAUAAACCAAUUCACUUAUUUUGUACACGUGUAUCUAUGAAUAGUCUUCAUGCUUGUUACAGUUCAAUGUAGUGCAUACACAUCAAUAUUUUUGUCUGUUUGGGUAAAUGAUAUUCUGCUGUCAGUUGAAUAUGUCAGUUUCCUAACAUGGAAAACAGAGUCUAGAUAAUAUUCACUUGACUGUUCUGAGAUAUCUAAUGUAAACAUGCCAUAUAUAAUAAAAAUAGAACGGAUCUGUCCAACCUAUAUGAAAUGUAUUUAAUAUCAAUGUCUAGAAAAGGAUUCAUGGAAAUGAUCAAUACACCAAUUUAAUGUCAUCUGUA